GCGCACUGCGCACUCCUCUCCAGAGACGACUGCUUAUAUUUCCAUUUUAUUAGUCCAGGUCUGAGGACUUCUCGUUUUGAUGAAAACCAGGUUUUAGCUCGUUGUCUAGCCUACCUUAAAGUAGGAAAGAGGCGUCCUUUGUGUUUUAAUAACUUUCGGUGAUGAGUUUUUGGAUUUGUAAUUACAAUUUACUGGACUGGAUGUUUUUUUAUGGUUUUAAAUGGAGCCGAUUCUCUUCACCUUGCAGUCACUCUAUGUCUUGACAACACCACUUGUCCUCAGGAUUUGUUGAGAGAAUACUCUAUACAUGGAGCAUAUAGCCUACCCACUCGGUGACAAACUACAAACAAUAUUCGACGUUAAACAACACAUCAGCGACAAAAUGCCAAAAGAAUUUGCGGAUGAAUAUCAACCUUUGCUUAUUAAAGCAACCAAAGAUAAAAAGCGACCCAAGUUUCCGAACAAAUCACUUCUGCUGGCUGUGUGUGCUGCGUGUAUAGGGGGAACCUUUCAGUGUGGAUAUAAUACAUCUAUCAUCAAUGCUCCCACAACGCAUGUCCAGAAUUUCAUCAACCAAACCUGGAGUGAGCGUUACCAAACUGACAUAUCAGCAGAUGUUCUCACCCUGCUUUGGUCCACUAUUGUGUCUAUAUUCACCAUAGGAGGACUUCUAGGAGUGACGGUCGGUGGGACACUGUCUGUAAAGCUGGGGAGGAAAGGGACGCUGUUGGCCAAUAAUAUAUUUGCAUUCAUGGCUGCCCUGCUAAUGGGUCUGAGUUACCCUACAGGAUUAUUUGAAUUACUCAUCAUUGGACGUUUUCUCACUGGAAUAUAUGCAGGCAUUGGCCUUUGUGUUCAACCUCUGUAUUUGGGGGAAAUUGCUCCAACUGCAUUUCGUGGUGCCAUGGGAAUGGGAACUUCUAUUUUCAUCACUGGUGGGAUCUUGACUGGACAAGUUAUGGGCCUCAAAGAGCUCCUGGGCAAAGAAGAGUACUGGCCCAUCCUGCUCUCCACCACUUGUAUCCCAGCAUUCCUGCAGCUCCUGAUCCUGCCCUGGUUCCCAGAGAGCCCGCGCUACCUGCUCAUUGAUAAAGGGGAUGAUGAGGGAUGUAAGAAAGCCCUGAAGCAACUUCACGGUAUAGCUGGCUGUGAUGACGAAUGGGCUGAUAUCGAGAAGGAGAAAAAUAAUUUGGUGAACUUCCAGGCCAAGAAACCCUGGGAGCUCUUGACUGAUCGUAGUGUCCGCAGGCAGCUUCUCACCGUCUUGCUGCUCAACGCUGCACAACAGCUGAACGGCAUCAAUGCUAUUUACUUCUACGCAGAUUACUUAUUCAGACAAUCUGGCAUCCCCGAUGAUAAAAUACCAUAUGUGACCGUUGGCACUGGUGCCUGUGAAUGCAUCACAGCUUUAACAUGUGGUAUGCUCAUUGACCGUCUGGGAAGGAAAGUGCUCAUUACGGGAGGAUACACACUGAUGAGUAUCUGCUGCAUUUUAUUCACGCUGACGCUCUCUUUCCAGGAUGCCAGCCCAGUAUUUCCAUAUGUGAGCGUGGUGUGUGUAUUUGCUUUCAUCCUGAGCUUUGGCUUAGGACCAGGUGGCGUGACAAACAUCUUGACCACUGAGCUAUUCACACAAACGGCACGCCCUGCAGCGUACAUAAUCGCAGGAUCAUUGAACUGGUUGAGCUUCUUCUUUAUUGGCCUGGUCUUCCCUUUUAUUGUGAUCGGGCUGCAGCAGUACUGUUUCCUGGUGUUCCUGGCCGUCUGCUCCUUAACGGCGUUAUACAUUUUCCUUUUUGUUCCUGAAACCAAGAACAAAACCUUUGUGGAAAUCCAGAAUGAGUUUCAGUCCAGAAAGGCCUGCAGUGCUAAUGGAGCAGGGACGACACAGUUAUCCACUUCUAUAUGAAAUGUUACUUUUGUGUCACAAAGAUUAAUAACUGCCUUGAGGAUUUAUAGUCCACACACACACAACAAAAUAUAUCACUAUUGAAAUACUGUUAAUGAUGGUACCUUGCUUAAACUUCAGAGAUGUAGGCCUAAAGAGUAGUCAUAAUUACAUAUUUUCAGUUCACUUAAAAAUACAGCCUCAUACAUUAAAAAUUACCUUGAUGUGUAAAAUUUUGGUAUGAGUGCUCUAUUGAGACGUCAUUUUUGGAGAAUACAGUUAAUUAUAUACAGGUUUAUUGUAAAGUAGCUCAUGUGGCAUCCUAACAGUAAAUAUUUCAGGAUAAAGUCAUGCAACAACCAACAAAAAUUAAAGACGUUUGACACAAACUUAACUGCAAUAUCCUAAUAUAACCACAACAGCAUAAAUGUAGUCCACUCUGUCAUUGUGGCCUGUUUCAAUAGCACCAUGCUCUUUUUUAAUUAUCUGUAUGAGUGAAAGUAAAACUGCUAGAGAAUGUACUGCACAAGCAGGCAAUGGGCUGUUCUCGAUUAUAGUAAUCCUACUGAUUACCUGUUUAAUUAUUUGGCUUAAAUUCCCAACUCUUAUAAUAGCAUUAAAGUGAAGCAUGUUAGUCAUGAGGAAAGUGGGAUCCAAAUAGAUUUCUUUUAGUCACAAGAACAUCCCUAUUUUAAUGAAAUGUAUGCUUUGUGAUGAGCAAAAUUAGUUAGAGUGGACUGGUGCAUUAAACUCAAACAGGUCUAAAUUCAGCCUUUGUGGCCCAUUAUUAUAGACUUCUCAGUCAUGUCUUAACAUAAAUUACAGCAAAAGUUACACAGCCAGGUUUCUACCAAUAUGUUACAGACUUGUAUGCUGCAAGUUGUUGUCUCAGUCAGAAGCAUCAACCAUGCACGACCAGUUUAAACCACAAUGGUAAGAUCAGUUACUGAAGAAAAAAAAGCAACAGCCUACAGAAACGUAAAAAUAUUCUAUUACAAAUAAAAGUUAUGUGUCAAAAGUUUGGACACACCUUCUCAUUCAAUGAUUUUCCUUUAUUUUUCAUGACUAUUUACACGGUACAUUAUCACUGAAGGCAUCAAAACUAU